GGGAAGCUAAAGUCGUGGAGUGAGCAGAGUUGGUAAGAUGUGGGCCAUUAGUUCUGUAGACUGGCCGACCAUGCCUUGCUGGCCAUUAUCAUUUAUCAUCAUGUCCUUGGCAAUCAGCAUCAACCAUUCAUCAGUUAUCUCUUUUAAGUAGUGGUGUUGCCUCAGCUAUUCAAUUCAGGCAUAUUUCAUUUUGCAAUUACAGUUGCAGGGUUUGUGUAGGCACCAAAGAGAAAAAGAGAGUAGAAAUGGAAGGAAAGGAGGAAGAUGUUAAGCUUGGAGCAAACAAGUACUCGGAGAGGCAGCCACUGGGAACGUCCGCCCAGACUAGGGAAAAGGACUACACAGAACCAGGGCCUGCACCCCUGUUUGAGCCAGGGGAGUUCAAGUCAUGGUCUUUCUGGAGAGCAGGAAUUGCAGAGUUCAUGGCAACUUUCCUCUUCCUCUACAUCACCAUCCUCACUGUCAUGGGUGUGAAAAGAUCAAAUGAUACGUGUUCAACUGUGGGAAUCCAGGGCAUCGCCUGGGCAUUCGGAGGAAUGAUCUUUGCUCUUGUUUACUGCACAGCUGGAAUUUCAGGUGGGCACAUUAAUCCGGCUGUGACUUUUGGGCUCUUCCUGGCGAGGAAGCUGUCACUGCCACGAGCUGUGUUCUACAUGAUAUGCCAGUGCUUGGGCGCCAUCUGUGGAGCAGGAGUGGUGAAGGGCUUCGAGGGCCACCACAACUAUGAAAUGCUCGGAGGCGGUGCCAAUUCGGUAGCUCAUGGCUACACCAAGGGUGACGGUUUGGGUGCUGAGAUUGUGGGCACCUUUGUUCUUGUCUACACUGUUUUCUCUGCCACUGAUGCCAAACGAAGCGCCAGGGAUUCCCAUGUUCCGCUUUUGGCACCCCUACCAAUUGGGUUCGCUGUUUUCCUGGUCCACUUGGCCACAAUUCCCAUCACAGGAACAGGCAUCAACCCUGCUCGGAGCCUUGGAGCUGCUAUUAUUUUCAACAAGGAUCACGCCUGGGAUGACCAGUGGGUUUUCUGGGUUGGUCCCUUCAUUGGCGCUGGACUUGCAGCAAUCUACCACCAGAUGAUCAUUCGAGCUAUCCCAUUCAAACGCUCUUAGAAAUGUUUAUAUCAGCAGGGGGCCUGUAGAUAAAAUGGCUGAGCUACCCUGUUUGGGUCUGAAGAUUGGGAUUUUGAUUAUUUCUGGAAUCGGUCACUACCGUGCUUAAGUUUUCCUCCACCUGUUGUCCAUCAUAGGUUGUCCAUCACAGGCGCUAGCGAAUUGAAGGAUUCGCACGUUUAGUUAAUGUUGUGCAUUAUUAGCAUGAGUGUAAUCUUCUAUCGUGUAAAAUAAUGGCUGCCCUUUAGGUAGGCGGUUAUAUUAUGUAAAUUUUGUGGGUUUGUAAUCGAAGUACUGCUCUGGUUAAUAUUUUGUCAAGGUCCUGGGGUAAGCAUUAGGUAUUCACACUCCAUAUUUUAAUAAAUAUAGAGUUUUUGUUGUAAACUAUGUGCGGAUUUUAAUAUUAUUGUUAUUUUAAUUUUUAAGAA